AUGCCCGUGGUCAAAGGAGGAGUCUGGACGAACAUCGAGGACGAGAUCCUCAAGGCCGCCGUCUCCAAAUAUGGUCUCAACCAAUGGGCGCGCGUAUCAUCGCUGCUCGCACGAAAGACUGCGAAACAAUGCAAAGCGCGAUGGGCGGAAUGGCUGGACCCAGGCAUCAGGAAGAUCGAAUGGAGUCGCGAGGAGGACGAGAAGCUGUUGCAUCUGGCUAAGCUGAUGCCGACGCAAUGGCGGACAAUCGCACCGAUCGUGGGCCGCACGGCGACUCAAUGUCUGGAGCGAUACCAGAAACUGCUGGACGAAGCCGAAGCUCGAGAGAAUGCCGAAUUCGGUCUGGCUGGACCUGAUGGCGGCGAGACUCAAGCGCCCUCCGCCGACGAUGUACGCAAGCUGCGUCCUGGCGAGCUGGAUCCCGACCCGGAAAGCAAGCCUGCACGACCGGACACCAUUGACAUGGACGAAGAUGAGAAGGAGAUGCUGAGUGAGGCUCGUGCGCGUCUGGCGAAUACACAAGGAAAGAAGGCCAAGCGAAAGGCGAGAGAGCGGCAGUUGGAAGAGUCUCGACGACUGGCUGUUUUGCAGAAGCGGAGAGAGCUCAAAAGUGCAGGGAUCAAUAUCAAGGUCACCACGAAGAAGAAGGGCCAGAUGGACUACAAUGCCGAUAUUCCUUUCGAGCGGGCGCCCGCGCCAGGUUUUUACGACACACAGGAUGAGAAGACACAGAACGAGCAUGAGCGGGAAAUGUUCGACCCACGAAAGCAGCAGCUGGCCAACAAGCGAAAAGGAGAUGGGCAGGAUGACGGCGAGCAAGACAACAAGAGGAGGAAGAAUGAGAAAGACGGGGGGGCCUCGGCAUUUGCAGCAGCUGCAAAGGCUGGACAGGCGCAGCGUAUUCGCGAAGCUGAGCAGAGUAGCAAGCGAAGAGGACUUGUUUUGCCAGCUCCGCAGGUCAGCGAAGGCGAAUUAGAGGAUAUCGUCAAGAUGGGAAUGUCCGGGGAGAGAGCACACUCACUCGCAGGAAGCAGCGACAACGAUGCCACCCGUGGCUUGAUCUCGAACUACUCCAACACGGUCGGCGCCACACCCAUUCGCACACCUCGAGCACCGCAAGAAGAAGACAGGAUUGCCAACGAGCUGAGGGAUGCAAGAGCUAGAACGGCGACACAGUCUGUACUGCUUGGCGGAGAGAAUACUCCCAUGGCAGAGAGCGGAGCGACAACAGGCUAUGGAGGUGUUGCACCCUCCAAGCAAGCAUUGUCAACACCAAACCCAAUGGCAACUCCUCUCAGGCAGAACGGUGGAGCAAACGCAGUCGGUGCAACGCCUUUCCGCACACCGCGCGACAACUUCCGCCUCAACCAGGAUGGGACAAUGCAGCUCGUCGGACAGACGCCUCGAGAUAUCCGCCUUCAUGAGCAAGCGACCCGCAGCUCUCUACGAGGGAAGCUCGCCAGCCUGCCGAAACCCCAGCAAACCGAGUGGGAGCUCGAAGCAAUGCCCGAAGAGCAGCCAGAGGUGUCGUCUUCAAUGGAGAUGAGCGACGAGGAUGCUGCCGUGCGUGACGCCCGCAACGCAGCUAUUGCCAGAGCAGCCGCCGAGGCAGACUUCCGCCGCCAGACCAAAGUCGUUCAGAAAGGUCUACCACGGCCGAAAGCCGUCGACGUUGAUGCCAUGCUCUCCAAGGCAAAGACGCUCUCUGACCCCAUCGCACGCAACAUCGCAGAGGAGGCCGCAGCAUUGAUGGCUCGGGAUGCGCAGAAGUUUGGUGGUGGCAAAGUCAAAGGCUCCGCUGGGAACAAAGAACUACCCACCUUCUCCGAUGAUCUCAUGCAGCGUGCUCAGAAUGAGGUCGUGCUUGAACUCGGCCAACAUCCCGAUCGUGCGCUCUUCGGCACAGCUUUCGAGAAUGAAUGGGAACGUGUUCAUGCAUCGACCAUCCUCCCUGGCCUGGCUGGAUACGGCGAGGACGAACUCGAUGAGGAGCAGCUUCUGAUCGAAAGUUUCGACAACAUCCAAGACUCCAUCACGCAAAUGUCCGACAAGGGCAACGUGCUAGAGAAGAAGCUGGCGAAGCUACAUGGAGGCUACGUCGAACGGCAGAAGAAGCUACGUGCGAAGAUCCUUGAGGCGAGUGAUGUUCUCGCACGGACGAAAUUGGAUUCUGAGGUUGGAAGGAUCGCGUUGGCUGGUGAAGAGGCUACCAUUGCGGCGAGACUGGAGGCUGCGAGGGAGGAGGUCACGAUUGUCGGGCGGAGGGAGAGAGAAGCGCAAGAUGUGUUCCGCGCGAGGAGGGAGGAGUUGGAGGCGUUGUCGUGA